CGUCAUUAUUAGGUUCCAUAUUUCAAGAUGUCGGACAGCAGUAUGGUUCAAGAUUAGUUAGUGGAGCGAAUAGAAGAAUAACACAGAGAGAGAAAGAAAGAGAGGGCCUCCAGUACUUAUUAUAAGAGGGAGAGAAGUGGGAGGAGCUACUGUAUGCGAGGCCACUCCCUGACGCUCAUAAACACAACAUGAAGGGUCGUCUUGUUGACUUGAUAAACCUGUUUGGCCAGUUGGGUGGGUUUGAUUUUUUAAAGAAGAGAAUUUGUGAAGGAGAACUAACAGUGAAUAUACUGUCCUUUUUAUUAAGACCGUUUGGUUUGUGUUCAAGUUUUUUAACCGAGAGAGUUAGAAAUGACUACAUCAUAGCAAUAGUGUCGUUGUGUCACUUGUGUUCAGUGAUUCCUGGUAGAGAUGAUAUUGAGACGUUUCGUUUGAAAAUGAUUUUUAGAUUAUUACAAAUACCGAGCUUUUUUCGCUUAGCCUGGACUUCUCCCCCGACCAGUUGAACCACUUGUUUGGCUGCUUUCAGAAGAGUUGGGUAGGAGCUAGCAAGAAGCAAAGAGAUGAACUGUUGGACUUUAUAAGACACUUA